AUGCACAGAGGAACUACAAAAUGGCGCAGGCAAUAUUUGAGGUUCUGGAAGGCAUGGACAAUCAGACGGUCCUCAAUGUCCAAUCAUUGUUAGACGGUCAAGCUGGUGUUCUGGACCCAGGUGCACAGAAUGUCUCAGGAACAACUAUCCAACCAAUGGAUGAUGACGAUGUGUUUCUCUGUGGGAAAUGUAAGAAGCAGUUUAACUCAUUACCGGCGUUCAUGACCCACAAGCGUGAGCAGUGUCAAUCCAACACCCCGUCACUGGCCACCGUCUCUCUGGCCUCCAACAACGCCUACACCACUUUACCGUCCAUCAGCGUGGGUCCACAGCUGCCCACUAACAGACAGGUGUCGACGUAUAUAACUGUGCCGCAAUCUCCUCUCACACACACGCUGGUGCAGGGUAACCUGUUGGUCAGCGAUGAGGUUUUGAUGUCAGCUAUCUCAGCAUUCGGCUCUCUGGAUCAGCCAAUGGCAGCCAUGCAUGGUUCCAUACAGAGUAACCUAAGCAUGCAUGCAGGAACCUCGUACCUGCAGCACCAUCAGCAGCCUCCACAGCCCCUCCCACCAACCCAGGCCACACCUCUUUCCUCACAGGUGCCCACCAGUAACAGUAAUUCAAUAGUGCAGGUGUACAGCACACUGCCCCCUAUGGCUGGAGGCAGUAUUGCAGAGGUGCCUUCAUUGGGUCUGCAGCCAUUUCAGUCCAUUCAGGUUCCCAGUCAGUGUGUGGAGAGUCAGGCAUUCAUUACGGCCCCAGUGUACAGCCCUGGAAAACAGACCACCAAAAACAAGCCCUGCACCAUCAGCACAAACCUCUCUCAGCUCGGAGAAUACGAUAAGGUCAUCAUCCCAAAGAAAACCAGAACUUCCAAGAAAACACAGGAUGCAGGUCAAUCAAAAGGAAAAGCUCAGAAGCUGAACUGCAGUUUUUGUGACAAAGUAUUCACCAAGAAUUUUGACCUACAGCAACAUGUUCGCAGUCACACGGGCGAGAAGCCCUUCCAAUGUAUCGUGUGUGGCCGAGCCUUUGCUCAGAAGUCCAAUGUGAAGAAACACAUGCAAACACACAAGGUCUGGCCCGCUGGAGUCCACAGCACCGCCUCUAGGAUGCCCAUCACUGUAAGAGUGCUUCCAAUGAACAAUGACGAGAACUCACAGCAGACUGAGGAAGAGACACAGGAACAAGCUGUAGAGGAGAGAAACGGUGAGACACAGAGCUCAGCGGAGGCCAAACACAAUGGACAGAACCAGGACAAACAGAUCAUCCUGAUUGACAGCUCAUAUCAGUGUCAGUUCUGCUCAGCCAAAUUCAGCACCUACUUCCAGUUGAAGUCUCACAUGACCCAGCACAAGAAUGAACAGGUGUACGGCUGUGUAGUGAAGAGCUGCUCUCAGACCUUUCAGAAGUUGGAUCAGUUUCUCGAGCACAUUCACACACAUCAGGAGCAGCUGACGUACCGGUGUCACCAGUGCAGUAAAGUGUUUCCUUCACUUUUUGAGCUGGGACUACACCAGUACUCGCACAGUUUCUGUCCUCAACAGAACCAGCGCAAAGACACCAACUACUACAGAUGUAUGAAGUGUCAGAGUAAAUAUUCCACACAGGAAGCUCUUCAACAGCAUCUGCUGAACGCGACUCAUAACUACCCCUGUCCUAGCUGCCAGAAGGUAUUUCCCUGUGAGCGUUAUUUACGGCGGCAUCUUGCAACUCACGGUGCUGGGGGAAAAUUUAAAUGUCAGAUUUGUAAAAAGUUCUUCAAAUCCGGACACUACCUCAAACUACACACACAGAUCCACUCAGGAGAGAAACCGUAUAAAUGUUCUGUGUGUGAGGCCACAUUCAACAGGAAAGACAAAGUGAAGAGACACAUGCUGAUUCACGAGCCCUUCAAGAAAUAUAAAUGCCCCUUCAAAACUCACGUGGGCUGCUCCAAAGAGUUUAACCGGCCGGACAAACUGAAAGCUCAUAUUCUCUCUCAUUCAGGUAUUAAGCCGUAUAAGUGCCAAUUCUGUCAGAAGUCGUUCAGUCGUCGCGCACACAUGCUGGAACAUCAGCGCUCGCACACAGAUAACUAUCGCUUCCGCUGCGCCGUCUGUAACAAGGGCUUCACCCGCCACAAAUACUACAGAGAACACAAGUGCCCGCUGGCAGGGGCUUCGGCAGGGGACGCAGAGGGGGCCCGAGGAACGCAGGGUGCAGGGGACGAAUCUCCUGCCGUGGAACCAGAUGAACACGGAGAAACUGCAGAUGAGGACGAGGAUGAUGAAGGGGAGAUACAGCAGGAUGAAAUUAUGGGAAUGAAUAGUGGAGAGAAGCAGAUGGAAGAAGAGGAUGAAGAGGAACAGGGAAGGUCUGAUGGUUUGGAGGGCGGGGCAGGGCUGGAUCCCAUGCAGGAAGGAGGCGGAGCCAUCAGGCUGCUGUCAGAACCCAUGUGCUUCCAAACAGUGGACUGAUGGAGAACGACUGCAUGAUGUGAAAGACAAAGAUUUAAUUGGAAGUGUGUAAUUUCUGAUCCACUUGCAGCACCAAACAGAACAGGUAGUUCUGCCCCCAAACUUACGCCUUUGGUUGAGCAAGUGGUGGGCUGCUCAACAAAUUGCAAUUCUGCCUCUAGAGGUGCUAAAAUUACACACUACAGUUUUAAAUCUAUACCCCUGAAUACAUUGAAAAUGUAUUUGCUGGUACAAAGACAUUUAAUAUGAAUGAAUAUAUCAAACUUGUGUUGUCUUGUUUACGAAUCUUCAGUGGGAAGAGCUUAAACAACUUUAGACGGCUUUAAGGACCUUCAAAGUCGUCUUUAAAACCAUCUAUGAUGUUUUCUAUCGUAGAAGUUCAGAGUUCAAAUCCCUGUUUAUCAUCUUUAAUAGUUCUUUGUUUUAUAUUAAAACAUUACGGCUCAUUUCUUUUUUCUCAGAUUUGAGAACUCAGUCUGUAGGAUACGGUUUUGAAAAUAAACUUUGUUGAAGUGUUACGGGGGCGUUCACAAAGGAGGCAUACUUGCAUUCUGAGCUAGUUUUUUAUUUCAGGGUUGCACCUCAUGUGAGGUGAACAAAGUGAGAAAGUCAUUGCAGGUGUUUAAGAUGUAUAUUUGCAGUGGAUUUGUUUGUUGUAUUUAAAGAUUUUGUAUUUUUAAGUGUUUAAGCGUAAAGUAACCCUUGAAAGUGAUUUUAAUAUGGAAAAUGUAGAAAACUUUACCAAACAAUUUGGGCAAAUUAGCUUCAGAAAAGGUGACUAGCUAAAAGGUAUUUGUUUAUAUAUGUACAUGUGUGUUAAGGGCGGAUGUCUAAGACCUCUGCUUUGUUACAUUCCACUGAACGCAAGAAUGCAUCCUGUGUGAACGCCCCCUUUAACCCUAUAAAGCCGUGUGUAUCAAAUAUGAUACACAACAUUUGACGGCUGCUGUUUCACUCUCUGUUCAAGCUGAUGAGCCAAACAACCUAUGGAAUGUAAGUUUCACGUUUAUGGCACCAUCUAGUGUUUUUUUGUGGAAAAAAGUGGUUUCAAUGUUUAUAUCGUUCUAUUUAAAAUGCCGGCUGACUUGUUUGAAAAGUGAUUCUUAUGUUGUGAUAAAUGACAGCAUAUUUUAAUAAAGUAAAAGUGACUGUAAUGAUUAUAUAGUUACUGAUAUUUUAAAAUGAGUAUUUUCUGAAUAUAAGCAAUGUGUGCUUGGUUAAAAGUUUAUAUAUUAUUUUAUUGGAAAACCCCUUUGAAAUCCAUGUAUCAAAUAUGAUUCAACAGGCUUUUGAGGCAUAUCUCUCAAUCACCAUUACAUUCCAUUCAUGCCCACCACAAAAAAAAACAAAAAAAAAAAAAAACGCUUUGGAAAGUCUGACUUAUACAUUUUAUAAGAUAUAUUUAAAGUGUGAACUAAUAUUUCUGUGUAUUUUCAAAUAUGCAGCCUGCUCUGUUAUUAUAAAGAUCUCAUUAUUUUACAUUACAAGCUAUGAUGAUGUCAUCUUAAGUUCCUGAGACCCUGUGAAAAAAGUUUUUUCCCUUUUUUAAAUGUCAAUAUAUUGUUUGGUGCAUAAACUACAUAUGAUAAAAAUUGUUUAUUGAAAAAAUAAUAUUUUAUUCAUAUUGUAUUUGAUGUGCUGAACUGUGAUAUAUUUCAAUCCAUAUUUAUAGACCAAGGAGAGGAAGUUGUCAUGACCAAACUCUCAAACAUUCAGUAUCUCUGAAAAUCCCAGGGAGUCCUCUGAUAAUACCCCAAGCUUUACCACUGUAGCGUGUAUGGGCUAAGAAAAACGUGAAUAAUAAAUGCCCAACGGUUAAGGAAUCAAUCCUAAUAAUCAUUUCUUGCAUUGUAGACUGCAUCUUAAACACCAAAUGAAAAUCAUUUUCCAUUGAAUUAUUUAUUCAGCAUUGUUUUUCACAUUUUACAAUCCAUACAAAUCAACUGGUAAAUAAACCUCUGAAGUGUUUUUCAAAGCAGUCGCUUCUACUUUAAUACUAAAAUCAUUUUAUUUUUUUAAACAGAGAUGAGAAUGAGUAUACACACCAUGUACAGUUUCAGUUCAUAUACAGAGUGAAAGUGGUUUGAUUUACACGGAUCAGUUGGAAGAUAAGAAAUAAUAAAAAUACAAGUCAUUUCACUUUUUAUAACAAUCGUCCCAGGGAUUUCAUCGGUUAAAUUCUUGUCAUGGAUCAAGUAACUGUUUCCAAUAUUCAACGUUGAUUUCUAUUAUGAAAUUCAAAAAGAUAUAGAUUGUUCUCCGAUCAUCCAUGUGAGCUUUCACUGCAAAAAACAGCAUUUUUGUUUUCCAGCAAAAAAAAAUAAAAAAUACAAUUUCGUCUUAAUUCAAUUUUAUGCCAUGUUGUUCAUAACAGUUAACAGUUGAGGGCGCUAUUUUCCUGCUGUUGUUUUUAACAACCAUUUCUGCUCAAUAUCAGUCUCAAAGCUCAUUUGGUUUUGGAAAGAGGGGGUGUGGCUAAUCCAGUGGCUCAUCUUGUGGAAACAGAAUGGCUAAAAUUGCUUACAGCACCUUUAACUGGCAAAUUACAUUUUCUUGUUUUAUGCAUAAUUUCAAUGCAAUUUUAGAUUUAUGCUUGGACAUCUGCAAUUUUAUUCUCAAGUAAAUGUAUCUUGCUAUAAGGAUGUUUUGAUAUUUUUACUAAAAGACAAGACAACAAAUACAGAUUUUUUGCAGUUAUAAUCACUCAUAAUGCGUUGCACUGAACUACGGUACUGUGGUAAAUCAUGAGAGGGUUUUUCCUUUGGGCUCUAUAGUGCCGCUCCAGUGG